UGGAACUCCAACAGUAGAUUUCAGAUUGGCUACAUCAUCAGUGACAACUGUAUGGUCAUUUUCAUCAAGAUUAGAAUCAGUUAUGAUUUUCCCGGGACGUGCCCACGGCGGUGUCUGGAGAGCGCGAUCUAGUGCCGUCGAUUCAUCUUGGUUUCCCACAAUAUAAUUCUCACGACUCACGUAYGAUGAUUUCACCGGACCUAUGUCGGGGAAAAAUGUGGGCGGCGUCGACGGCGCACCUGUUGAUUAACGCAAAAUCAGGUCCUCGGUUCUCGUCGGUUGGUCCCGAUAUUGGCGAGAAGUGAGAAUCGUCUCUCGGAUGGCACUGCGUCGGUGGUGGUGGUURGGUGACCGUACCUUGUCCUUAACAGCGGACGUUUGUACGACGUAACGACUAACGGAUAACCGACAACAAGACGUCGCGACUAAAUGUACUGAGCACCGAGGCUGUUGCACCUACUGCUGCACACCGCUGCAAUAGUGCAAUACGGACGGCGGUUGCCUCGCACUUUCUACGGAGGCUGUACUCUGCAGGACCAUGUCGUCUGCCGAUUGCACGCACUCCUCCACGACUGUUGCCGCAUCGCACCGUCACCUACGACCGCGUACGUUUUUAGGGCAACGCCAACGAAUAUCGGAUGCGAUCCGCCACCACCUGUGUGACACUGCCACGAUAUUGUCGUUGUUAUUAUAGAAAUAUUGCCAAACGUAAAUAUCGUCACAGGUAUAUUACAAUUUGAUCGGGCGGUCCAUCUUCAGCUACUGUAAUUAAGUAUUAUUGUGGUUUUCCAACAGUCGCCGCGAUACUGAGUACAUCACGGACACUGCCCACACGAUCUGCACACCAAGAGGAUUGUCACAUAUUACAUUGCAAUGACUCCGACGCAUGUAGGAGACAUUAAAAAUUCUGCUGCCGACGGAUUGCCAGCAAAGUUUGUUCUGUCCAUGAGAACACUGUUCGAUAUUUUGGACGAUAAAAGGACUGGAUAUGUUAAAUUUUCUGAAAUUGAGACACGAUGGCAAGAUGAUGGUACAAAAGGUUUGCCAAAAGGUGUGUUAGAUAGUCUUCGAAAAGUUACACCACCGAACGGUCUACUGUCUUUUGACCGUUUUUGUACUGGUUUAAAAAUGUGCCUACUUCGAAAUCAAAUGGAAAAUGGUCGUCGAGAUAAUGAUUCUAUAAGACCUCCAUCUGCUCCACUUUUGGAUAUAGACAUUAAACCUAAUGUUCAAUGGACAAAUGGAAAUAUGGCUGCCAUUCGACCUACUCAGCAAAGAACUCUGAGUAUGCCACAACUAGCUUUAGAGCGUAAUAAUAAGGAAGUACAUCAGUUACCACAAAAAUCCACAUCAUCAUCACUUUUUGGACCACCAAAACCCCCCAGAACUGCUGCAGGCUUAGAACGAGGCUUACAGCUUGCUUCUGGUGAACGUAUUAUCGAUAAGGCUGAGAUUAGAACAGCCUUGCAAAAUUGGCAAUUAGGAGUGCUAUUAAAUGAUCAGAGCAGUUCUAGAAGUGAAAAACAAUCAGGAGAACAAACAUAUAAAAGAAUUAAUCAACGACGAAGGGAACCAAGACGACAUACUCUCCAAAGUGGUGUUGAUUAUAAUAUGCUAAAAAGAAUAAAGCAAAUAGAACAGGAAAAAGAAGUCCUCAUGCAUGGUCUUCAAGCGGUGGAAAGGGCAAGAGAYUGGUACCAUAAACAAAUAUCUGCUGUACAAGACAAAAUGAAAUACCUUGGACGAACAAAUUCACAUACAGACCAAUGGACUGAAGCACAACAGGAGCGUAUUGAGUUACAAAGGGCUCGAGUCUUGGAAGUCAAUAGACACUUGUCUGCAUUAACAGAUGGUGGUGAAAGAUGGGGUGGUCUACCAUUGCAYAUGAACUUAGCUGURCAUUCAUCAAAUAAUCCUGGAACAAUGUUACAUCAAAAUCCUCAAGUAAUGGCUACAUUAAAACAUCGUAACCAUAUACUCACUGAGGAAUUAGGACAAAAAAGUGAAAGAAUAUCAACAUUGGAAAGAGAAAAGGCGACGCUUAUCAGAGAAUUAUUUCAAACACGAACCCAGAUGGGACGUAAACUAGGGAGAUUAGAUAGUAAACCUGAUGGUCAGUCAUAUAUACCUUAAUAAUUGAAAUCUGUUACCAAGUACAAUAAAAGAUGUACUGAAAGAAACAUGGUGCUUGAAUGUAUCAGAAUAAAGAAAAAGAUACCAUUAUUUUUGAGMUCAAUUUAACAGGUACAUAUUAUAUUAUAAUCUUUCUCCUGUGUCAUGACAAUACAAAUGUUAUUGCAAUGAUUGCCAACCAUACCUCAAAUUUAUCCAUGUUAAAUGUUAUUUUUAAUUAAUAUAACCUCAACUUUUUCUCAUUUAAUGCAUAACAAUUUUUAAUAAAAUAUUGCUUAUUGGAUGAAUUUUAUAAAAAAAUCUAACUGUACUUAUAGAAACAAUCAUGGUUUAAAACUAGGUACAGCUAUAUAGAUUUAUUUAUAGAGAAGUUUUGUGUCUUGUUAUAAAGUAUAUAUAUUAAAUUUGUUUUUAAUUAAUAAUUUACUCAACUUGUUAAACAUGUUAGACUGCCAUACAAGUGUAGUAAUUUUCAUAAUAUUUUUAACGUAAGUUUCCGUCCACCUCUCUGUGAUGCCAAUAUUAUUCUGAUUUUAUACUGGAAAUUUUUUUAAGUUUAAUUAUUGUUGUUAAAUUUUUAAUAUUAAUUAUAAAAUAAAAUAACCUAAAAUUUG